AGGAAACUAGCGAGGAUCAGACUCUGCUUCCAUUGAGUAUUGGAACAGUGUUCCCGCCACAGCAAACGGUAUGCUAGCGGCCUUGGGGGAUUAUCCAUGGUACUCAAGAAUUGACUUACGAGGAUCUAAGUUAUUCUUAGCCAAGGCUAGACGACUUGUGCCCACGUGCUCGACCGAAGGGAAGCUAUUAACUGGAGUCGACUGCGGUGCAGGAGUCGGCCGUGUGACAGAAGGCUUUCUGAGCCAAGUUUGUGAAACUGUUGAUGCGGUCGAGCCCGUGGAAAAGUUCACCCGGGCGCUUCAUGAGAGCACCUUGAAGAAGUCUGGAGUGGUCAAUGCAAUCUAUACAGUCGGUCUAGAAGACUGGCAUCCAGAGAAGAAGUAUGACUUGAUCUGGACCCAGUUCUGUGUGGGGCAUUUAAAGGAUUGGCAAUUGAUUGAGUAUGUGAGACGAUGCCGUGGUGCCCUAACUGCGACUGGAAUCUUGGUAGUCAAAGAGAAUCUCUCAACAGACCCGAAUGGCGACGACAUGUAUGAUGAAUUGGAUAGCAGUGUGACCAGGACAGAUGCGAAGUUCAGGAACAUUUUCAGGGAUGCUGAGAUGAAUGUGAUCGUGUCAGAGUUACAGUUGGGUUUUCCCAAAACUACUAAGAAGCUUUUACCGGUCAAAUUCUAUGCUUUGCGACCUAAAGUUGAUUGAACCUUUUGGGGACAACCGUGCCGGGUAUUUUGCGCUGUUGGGAAUAUCGCGCAUACGCUUAUGUACAUAAUCUGGCGGCCGUUAACUAAGCGCAAAGGCAAAGGUCGUUGUGAAAAAAGUUCAAAGAGACAAAAGGAGCACACAGCGUAUAACGCAUGUAUGCGGUGGUCAUUGUCAAAGGAUGC